CACCAGUCCACUAUUCCCUGGCUGCAAAAUCUCAUCGAGACAACUGUCCCGAGUGAAGUCGUACCUUACCUGGCUUGCUCUCUAUGUUUCCCAUCCUCGUUCAUCUCCCUGUCCUUGUAUCCUGUCUCCCACGGCCACGAUCAGCGCUCGUCUGUCCGAUCACAUCUCUGGUUCACCUUGGAAUGACAUUCGCCCCUCGGUUCUGACCAUUCGCCUGUCCCGACUAUGACCUUUGCUUCAACCCAAGACCUGCUGCCUGAACGAUCCUGUAUCUGGGUCCACUCUCCCGCUCCCCAACGCGCCAGCGUCACAAAUAUCCAGGAACAAAGCGGCAUCAUGUUGACGAGAUUGUUCCGGUUGCAUGGCCUGUUCGUGGCCUCCCACCCAUGGGAAGUGAUUGUGGGAACUGUGACUUUGACCAUCUGCAUGAUGUCCAUGAACAUGUUCACCGGCAAUGACCAGAUCUGUGGUUGGAACUAUGAAUGUCCCAAAAUUGAGGAGCAAAUCCUCAGUAGUGACAUCAUCAUCUUAACAAUAACACGAUGCAUAGCUAUUGUUUACAUCUACUUCCAGUUUCAAAAUCUACGACAGCUUGGCUCAAAGUAUAUAUUGGGUAUUGCUGGUCUUUUCACAAUAUUCUCCAGCUUUGUCUUCAGCACUGUGGUGAUUCAUUUCUUGGAUAAAGAACUUACUGGCCUUAAUGAAGCAUUACCUUUCUUCCUACUGCUGAUUGACCUCUCUAAAGCCUGUGCCCUUGCCAAAUUUGCCCUGAGCUCAAACUCUCAGGAUGAGGUGAGGGACAACAUUGCUCGUGGGAUGGCCAUCCUGGGACCUACAUUCACCCUUGACGCACUUGUGGAGUGUCUGGUCAUCGGGGUGGGCACAAUGUCAGGUGUACGCCAGCUGGAGAUCAUGUGCUGCUUUGGCUGUAUGUCUGUCCUGGCAAACUACUUUGUUUUCAUGACCUUCUUCCCAGCCUGUGUAUCCUUGGUUCUUGAGUUGUCCAGAGAAAGCAGAGAGGGUCGCCCCAUCUGGCAGCUCAGUCACUUUGCCCGGGUCCUAGAAGAAGAAGAAGACAACAAGCCCAAUCCUGUGACCCAGCGGGUCAAGAUGAUCAUGUCUUUGGGCCUGGUUUUGGUCCAUGCUCAUAGUCGUUGGAUUGCUGAACCUUCUUCUCGGAACAACAAUACAGUUAUAAGCUCCAGUGUGGGGCUGAGUCUGGAUGACAGUGUGCCUAAGAGAAUUGACCCUGAGAGGCCCUUGUGGCAGUUUCACCUGUCCAGGAUGAUUAACAUGGACAUUGAGCAGGUAGUCACACUAGGCCUGGCUCUUUUCCUGGCCAUCAAGUAUAUCUUCUUUGAACAAGCGGAGAUGGAGUCCACACUGUCAUUGAAGAACCCCAUCACAGGUCCCACGCUGAGUCCCAGGAGGGGACCGAGUGAGUGCUGCAGGAUGGAGUCAGUACCACCCAAGUCCCCACAGAAGAGUUGUUGUCCUCCUGUCGAAAUCACCAAGGAGGAGAAGGCGGAAGUCAUCCGUCCAUUGCCUAGGGAACGCAAGACCACUUUUGUGCUUGGUGAUGAGGCUGCCCUGUUGCUGCCUCCUGAGGAACCACAGCCAAAGCUGCCCCUGGAGCCCCGCCCCCUUGAGGAAUGUCUGUCCAUCCUGAAAGACCCAGAGAUGGGUGCCAGGUUCCUGAGUGAUGCUGAGGUGAUAUUGCUGGUGAACGCCAAGCACAUCCCAGGGUACAAGCUGGAAGCCAUGAUGGAGACACCAGAAAGGGGAGUGGCAAUCCGCAGGAUCAUGUUGACCUCCAAACUCCCCAGCCCCUCUGCCCUCACCUGUUUGCCUUAUAAGGACUAUGACUAUUCCAAGGUCAUGGGUGCUUGCUGUGAGAAUGUAAUAGGCUACAUGCCAGUACCUGUGGGAGUUGCAGGACCACUGUUGUUGGAUGGAAAACAGUUCCAGGUGCCCAUGGCAACAACGGAGGGAUGCCUUGUUGCCAGUACCAACCGAGGAUGCAGAGCUAUUGCUCUGGGAGGGGGUGCCAGCACUCGAAUCUUGGGCGACCGGAUGACCCGAGGCCCAGUGGUGCAGUUGCCCUCUGCGUGCGAGGCUGCUGAGGUCAAGACUUGGCUGGAGAGCACAGAGGGCUUCUCAAGCAUCAAGGAGGCCUUUGAUAACACAAGCAGGUUUGCUCGCCUGGAGAAGCUCCUCAUUGGCCUGGCGGGGCGGAACUUGUACAUUCGCUUCCAGUCCAAAACAGGGGAUGCUAUGGGGAUGAACAUGAUUUCCAAGGGCACAGAGCAAGCGCUCUCCAGGCUUCAAGAGGAAUUCCCCAAGAUGCAUGUCCUGGCAGUCAGUGGAAACUACUGCACUGACAAGAAGCCAGCUGCCAUCAACUGGAUCGAGGGCCGGGGAAAGUCAGUUGUGUGCGAGGCCACCAUCCCUGCAAAGGUGGUCUGCGAGGUGCUGAAGACCACUACGGAAGCUCUUGUUGAAGUGAACAUAAGUAAGAACUUGGUAGGGUCGGCGAUGGCUGGCAGCAUCGGCGGCUACAAUGCACAUGCUGCUAACGUUGUGACGGCCAUAUACAUCGCCUGUGGCCAGGACCCGGCCCAGACGGUAGGCAGCUCUAACUGCAUCACGCUGAUGGAGGCCACAGGCCCGACCCGGGAGGACCUGUACAUCAGCUGCACCAUGCCCUCUAUUGAGCUCGGCACUGUGGGUGGUGGCACCAACCUGCCCCCACAACAGUCCUGCCUGGAGAUGCUGGGUGUGCAGGGUGCGAGUGAGGACUGCCCGGGGGAGAAUGCCAGGCAGCUGGCCCGUAUCGUAUGUGGCACUGUGCUGGCCGGGGAGCUCUCCCUGAUGGCCGCGCUGGCCGCAGGACAUUUGGUCAAGAGUCACAUGACACACAACAGGUCCAAAGUAAACCUGCAAGCAGCUCCUGGGCCAUAUAGCAAGAACACAGCGUGAGGAGCGGCGCGCAGGCUGUGGACAGCGUCAUGAACUCUAUGCAGAUGCAGGGGGCCACUGAGCAGCGAGCCUCUGCGACCGUGUGACAUUCCACCACAGCCACAGCAUCAGCACCAACAUUUGUUAAACCUUCAUCGCUCAUCAGCUUUUUGAGUCUCAGAAAGGUUUUGUGCAAAAACCAUGCUGUGCGGAGCAGCCUCGUUUGCUUCCCUGGCCCAACUGGUGCAGUGUGAAUAAUUUACUUUUAAAAAGCCCUUAGUGCUGACGGCUAGUGCUGUACCAAAGUUGACCAAAUUACAUUGGAUGGGGUUAGAUUCUGGAAACUUUGGAUAAUCUCUGUACUUAAUCAGUAUUUAAAGUAUGAUAUUGGAAAAGCCCUAUGAGGCAUUAGUCCCUGGGCUUGUUUUAAAGGGAUUGGGAACACUGAACAAACAUCUUUUAUAUUUAAACUUUUGGUAGAAGCUAAACACAGUAAGGUAAAGUGUUUUUGCAUUCAAAUACACCUAAACCUUAUUUAUCCUGCUUGAGUGAAAGUAUUUCUGAAGUAAUUGUUUCUCUUGAAUGUACAUUUCAGAGGUGAAUUAGAAAAACAUGAGAAACAAUGCCAAAGUGCUUCUAAACAAUGAAGAUGCACACUUCAUGAAGGUGCUAAACUAAGUUAGUUGGUCCAUUUGCUGCUCACUACUUCCUGUAGAUGUUGGUACAAUCAAGUGUUUUAUCGGGCUGCGAUUGGUUCCCUAUUGAAAUGUGUCCCAUGACUCAUUGUCUGCUUCUGAUAGCUUCACCUUCACUAGUUGUCACUUAGUUACUGUGCAGAAGCUGAAUGCUUCACUGAGGUGGAUAUACAUGUGGUACUGGUCCAUGUUUCUUACACACACAGGAUGAUGGCUGUUGCUGGAUCUGUGCUGACAAAAGUGAACUUGAACAGUUUCCAUAAAAUAACCGUUAAAGUGCUUUGGCUCUUCGAGAACUACGUUGAAAGCAGCACUACCGUAUGACGUGAAUAAGUCAACCUUUUGGUAAGGCCUCCUGAAAUGUCAUUACAUAGUUUUAUAAAUGCAGGAUGUAUUUUUGUUAAAAAAUUGAAAAAGUGC